AUGGAUUCCACGCGCAGACCUGGGAAAUACAGAGUGGAGCGGGAAGUGCUGGAUGAGCAGAGACUGGAGGAGGUAACGCAGAGAAAAACACACUCUGACACCCUUCCUUCUCUUACUGAAACCCUUAAAGACUCCUUAAGAUGUACAGCACCCAAACUGAAGCGAGGUGUGUUGAGCUGCCUGCCCGUGUUGUACUGGCUGCCCAAGUACUCGAUCUGGGACUACGGCAUGCCCGACCUCAUCUCUGGCAUCAGCGUGGGCAUAAUGCACCUGCCACAAGGUUUGGCUUACGCACUCCUGGCUUCUGUACCUCCUGUAUUUGGCCUCUAUACGUCCCUCUAUCCACCGUUAAUCUACUUAUUUUUUGGAACAUCACGCCAUAUCUCCAUUGGUACAUUUACCGUCCUCAGCAUCAUGGUGGGUAGUGUGACGGAAAGACUUGCUCCAGACACAAAUUUCCUUAUUAAAAACGGGACCAAUAACACGGCAGAAGUGGACAUAACUGCCAGGGACUUGUACAGGGUGCAGGUGGCGGCUGCUACCACUGUCCUAGGAGGACUGAUUCAGGUGGUUCUGGGUUUGGUAAAGUUUGGAUUUGUGGGGACAUACUUGUCAGAACCUCUGGUGAGGGCUUACACAACAGCAGCUGCAGCCCAUGCUGUUGUGGCACAACUCAAACACGUCUUUGGAGUUUCUCCAAGUCGGUCAAGCGGGCCCUUUUCACUGCUCUAUACUCUGAGGGAUGUGUGCGUGCUGCUGCCACACACUCAUCUUCCCACGCUGUGUGUCAGCGCCGUGUCCACGCUGUUUCUAGUCUCUGCCAAGGAGCUCAACUCCUUCCUGAGUCCCAAGUUGCCGGUGCCCAUCCCGAUGGAGCUCAUCACAAUUGUGGCAGGGACACUAAUAUCAACCUAUACCUACUUGAACCCCAACUUCACUAUUUCAGUUGUUGGCGAAAUUCCUAAUGGUCUAAGUUAUCCCAGUGUACCGGAUACAAGUAUUUUCAAAAAUGUUAUCGGCGACGCUUUUGCAUUGGCAAUGGUUGGAUACGCCAUAUCAAUCUCACUAGGAAAAACAUUUGCACUGAAACAUGGCUACAAUGUGGACAGUAACCAGGAGCUGGUGGCGCUGGGUCUCAGCAACGCGGUGGGAGGCUUCUUCCAGUGCUUCUCUGUCUGCUCCUCCAUGUCCAGAAGUCUCAUCCAAGAGACCACCGGAGGAAAAACACAAAUGGCCGGAGUGGCCUCGGCUCUCAUCGUGUUGGUGACCAUACUGAAACUUGGACCUCUGUUCCAGCAGCUGCCGACGGCCGUCCUCGCAGUGAUCGUCUUAGUAAAUCUUAAGGGGAUGUUCAAGCAGUACUCUGACAUUGUCACACUGUGGAAGCGCAGCAAGAUCGAUCUGGUAGUGUGGUUGGUCACCUGGGUGUCAACCCUGCUCCUCAAUCUGGACCUGGGUCUGGCAGCAUCAAUCAUCUUUGCUCUGAUGACUGUCAUCUUCAGAACUCAGAUGCCAACAUACUCUGUUCUGGGAAAUGUUCCAGGUACAGAACUAUACGUAGAUAUGGAGACCCACAGAGAGGCAAGAGAAAUUCCAGGUGUUACUAUAUUUCGCUCCUCUGCUACGGUAUAUUUUGCCAAUGCUGAUCUCUACCUCGACGCCCUGAAAGAAAAGAGUGGGCUGGACAUCAGUAAAAUGAUCAUCUAUAAGAAGAGGCAGGAAGCCAAACAGAGACGUAGAGAAAAGCGAGCUGAGAGACGAGAGAAAAGGCGAGCCAAGAAAGAGGUCUGUAUCCUACAAACAUUCAUUGAAAAUAGACGGGCACAGGUGUUCUCCUCCGUGGAGGAGGAGGCGGGCCGCGCCGAAAGGGAGAACGGCACGGUGUUCGUCGUCCCGGUUACGCCUCAAACAGCGGACGGCCCCGGCAGGUGGGAGUACCUGAAGGGAGCGGAACCAGACGGCACCAGCUUGGGGUGGAUGUCCGAGCUGCAGGACGGAGACACCACCACCCUGGGCUCCAGCAGCGAGGACACGCUGAGCCGCGACCUGGAGCGCGUCUCCCUCGGCUCACUGGGCAAGUGGACCUGGGACAUUCACUCCAUCAUCAUUGACCUCUCCACGGCCAACUUCAUCGACACGGUGGCUAUCAAGACCAUGAAAAAUAUCUUCCAGGACUUCAGUGAGAUCGACGUGGAUGUGUACAUGGCUGGUUGUCAAUCCUGCGUGGUGGAGCAGUUGCAGGUGGGGGACUUCUUCUCCGAGUCGGUUACCAAGAGGCAUCUUUUUGCCUCCGUUCACGACGCUGUGCUCUACUGUGUGGAUCAGCGUGGAUCAACGUCGCUGCCCGGACACGAGCCUUCAGGGGUGAGUGCGUGGGACGCUUCGAUGCUCUUUGUUGAACUAACGUUACUUUGAAUCAUUUCGUGUAACGUUUUGAUUUCAGGACACACACGACGGCACAAAGCUUUAAAGACUUCGACCAAACCGGAAGUCCAGCAAUGAAGGUGGAAAGACUCUCUCAUCUCAACAUUGACUGGGGAAAUAUAAGGAACCUUUCUAAUAUUUUAUUUGUAAAUGAAUAAACCCCAGAAGAGAUGCUUCGAUCACAGUACCUGCAUUUUUGGACUCUUAUACACGCCGAGACCCGAGCCAGGAUUUUAGACAAGAUGAUUGAUUACUUUUAUUUAUCUUAUCUUUGAAAAAGGAAGACAUAAGUUUAAUAUAUCUUUAUUCAAAGUGGGAGGACAAUAAAGGGCCUUUUUAGAGAAAAUUACAGGUAAUAAAAUGAAACCCCUCAACAAUAGCUUUCAAGAAGAAUCUGUUAGAAAAUAAUUCAAGGAACAAAUACAAGACAACAUGCAUCACACAGACAGUGUGAGGCUUUUUUGGUCGUGGCGGCAUUAACAAGGUCGGACAUUGAAAUGUUUGCAGUGGCCAUUUCAAUUUUUAAGUGCAAUUUCUGCUCAUAGCAACAACAAAAAGACUGUGAAGCUAACGCAUGCGAAGAGAUAUCUUUAGUCUCAACUGUUCUAGUGCAACAUUACUAAAGUCUCUAGUGCAACAUUGGAAAAUAAUAAGAGAUUACAAAAUAAAACUAUAACAAUAGGUAUGCAUUGAUUUUACUUUUUCAGUCCCAAUACUGAUACCAGUGUUUUAGUGUGAAGUUGUUUGUCUCACACACAGCCUUCAAUGUGUGAAGCAACAUCCCAAACAUUGCUUUCCCUAACU